AUGAUGCCUCCAGCCGCCAGAACUCCUGUCCAUAACGGCACCAUGAGUGCCUUUGAUGUUGACAUGGCAGAAGAAGAUGGCUUGCAUCAUUCCAGUCGACGACGACGAAGUGACCGUUUUCUGCUGUACGCCAGUGUGUCUGUUUCCGCCGCCCUCUUGGUGGCGUUGGUGGCGGUGCUGGUGGCGACGACCAAGCGACUGGACACCCACAGUCUCCAUAACGUCCAUGCGGUCGACCCCAAGACGGACACGAUCGAUCGCGAUGUCGAUCCCCAAUGGCGUGUCCGACCGACGAAUUUGCACGUGGCCAUGUUGGGAGAUUCCAUCACGCAUUAUCAAUAUCUCUCCUUGGCCUACUUUUUGCGCACGGGUCGAUGGUUCGAUCCCAGUUAUCACAAAUCACACUUGACCAAUGUCUACUCCUUCCAAUCACUCUUUCACAAUGACAUUUACGGCGAAUACUUUUUCCAAACGACACGAUUGUUGCAGCCCUACGAAAUUUGCGACUGCUAUUACCCCAAAGGAUUGCAAGAUGCCUACCGCAUGGCACCUCAUCAAGUCAUUAUCAAUCGAUACUUGCACGAUCCCAUUCGCAACAAUACACUCCGCUUUUUUCAUUCGUUCGGGCAUGAACAUGAAAUGCAAGGACGGAUCAACUCCGAAAAUAUCACCGACAUGGAAGGCAAGGAACAGGAUGGACUCUUGGGUGGUGUCCACGCAUUGUCCCAAACCGACGUUGUCUGGAGUUCCAAAGACUGGGGACACGUCGUACGCAAUCAACUCGAACGCUUGCAUCCGAAACCACACUAUGUCAUUCUCAAUGCCGGAAAACAUUCCACCGAAUUUGCAUCCAACCCCGAAGUGGUAAAGAGUUUGAAAACGGCUCUCAAGACAAAGCCAUUUGUACCCUUUUGGAGGACCACCACCUAUCGCCGUGGUGGUACAUACAUUCAACAAGACAAUCCACACACGGAUCAAAUCAUGUGCGCGGCACUGGGAGGAUGUUUGGAUGUUUCAUGGACACAACACUUGAACGAACAACUCUACUGGGAUGAAUUGCACAACAAUGAACCCGUCUAUCGUGUCAUGAAUGAAGAAUUCUUGGAACAAAUUGGGUACUUGCCGAAUGGCUAUGUCAAGUACAAUCGGAGUCUUCUCAUGACAAAGAAGAAAACAAAGCGAUGA